CCUGUCUGAUGGCUCUCUUUUCUUUCUUCUUCCCACCGUCUUCGACCUGACCUGACAAUCCAACCUUUUCCUUCCUUCCUCUCCUUCACAUCAGAUUUGCAAGCUACACUCCCACAUCUUCUACUCGGCUUCGAGUCAGUCAUCAUGCGCAACAUCAUGAUGAUCCUUGCGAUAUGGUUCGCGACCUUCGCCAUGAUGGCGCUUGCUCUUCCUACCCCGGAUACCGAUAUUGCUUACUUCAAUGAAACCGAAGCUACCGUUGCUUCCCAGGCCUUUGGCGCGACCACGGCUGACGAGACCUUCCCAAUCCAACUUCUCGGAAUCGACCCUUCUUUCGUCCCCGCUGAACCUGCCGACCUCGCCUUUGACUCUGCUGAACCCACCGAUACUGCCUCUCUCGACAACGCGAAGGACGACAAUCCCUACUGGGACGUCGAGUGCCAUCCAAACGGUUACGGUCAGGCGGAGAUGGGAUCCAUUCGUACUGGGAUCAAGCACCUGCGAAAGCAGACUGAGGACACCGUCCUGCAGCCCAAUCAUUGCACCCGUCUCUUUUGCAAGCACCAUUCCGCGAUCAUUUGGUGCAAUGUUGCCAACGGAGUUCAGGACAUUACCAUCAAGAGCAUCGGUGACGCCGCGAACAUUGUCUUUAAGAAAUGCCCGUGGCAUUUCGGUUACGCACCGACCAGUCUUGCCGGUAUUCUACGCCAUGUCGACCGCUUCCAAGUGAUUGUGAAGGAAGAUCACUGGAAAUGUUAGGCAACGCGGCCGCUCUUUUUUUUCUCUCUUCUUCAGUUGUAUCCUGCGUUUCGUCCUGGCUCAUGUAGUCUCUCUGCGUUCCAUGUCUUCUUUCCCUGACGGACUCAACAUCCGUUAGGAGUCACCACUGCUGCAAGUGUCGCCUUUCAAAAAGGUCAUCCGAGUUCAUGUUUUGGCUGUUUCGUUUUGAAUGUCAUCUUGUCUUUUGUCUUAUGUCUCAUGUUUCUUCAACUGGAUCUCAACGUCCGUUGGCGGUGCCAUUGGCCACUCAAGCGGCGUCUUCUCAACAAGACAGGCCGAGCUUUUGUGUGUUUUGGUUGUUUUUGAAUGUACCAUAGUCUCGUCUACAAGUUAGAACUUAAGUCAAAAUGCGAAAAAAAAUCGAUUCGGAAUA